UUUAAAUUAUCUAGGUUGUUCUAAUUGCCAUAAGUUGGAGGCAUUUGAACUUAUUUUUUGUUACUGCGCGAAGCUGUUAUGGUUUUUGCUUUUUGGAAGCGUCCUGCUAAAUCUGAAACCCAAAAAAUUUCGUGUGAAGGAUGUACAUCAGAUAUAGAAGGAUAUCAAUUUUCUCAUGUGCGGUAUGCGUUUAUGGUAGCUGGCUGCGUUUUGACGGGUGGCCUUUUGCGGUUAUUGUUUCACUGGUUUCCCCAAUGGAUGCUGUGGUGCACUCAUAAAAGUUCGGAACUCCAUGAGGCUCACAAGGUGAAAAUCAAGGAUAUUUCAGGUGUAUUUAUACAUAAUAUUGUGUAUCCUUCAUCAGAAAGCCCAAGGUUAGGUUCAUAUUGACUUUCUUUAUUUUCGCAAUGCGACGUUGGGGUUUUCUUCUUGUAAGUCUUCCAUCUGUCUUUUCCGUUAGGUCUCUGGAUAACUCUUCUGUAACGUCUUCAUUGACUCUUGAAGACCAGACAAAGCACCCAUACUUUAUACAUAAAAAAUUAAAGUAUAUUUGGAAUUUCGAGAACGAACAAUUUGAAGUACUACAGAACUGGGAUGAACGUUCGUAUGAUGAAAUUCUAAACGCACAGGCUCUGGACUCGGAAUUGAUCGAAACCCGCCGAGAUUUGUAUGGAAUUAAUAAAAUUGAUGUCAGUCUUACUCCUAUCGUAAGGCUUGUUUUGAAUGGGUGCCUUACUCCCUUCCACUGUUUUCAAGUAUUCAGCUGUGCAAUUUGGUUUUGCGUCGAAUACGAAAUAUAUGCCACUUGUAUUGCUGUUUUUUCCGUAACUUCACUCAUAUUUCAAGUUUACGAGCUUCGUAAAAAUGAACGUGCGUUGAAGGAAACUGUUUGCAUUUCUUCUAAAGUCAGUGUUUGCAGACGCUGUGGUGGUGAGGAAGAUUUUGAAUUAGUCGACUCAACCGAAUUGGUACCAGGUGAUUUAAUUGCGAUUCCAAGUAGUGGAUGUCUGAUGCAAUGUGAUGCAGUUUUGUUAAUGGGCAAUUGUAUUGUAAAUGAAAGUAGCCUGACUGGUGAGAGUGUUCCAAUUACGAAAAUCCCUUUACCUAGUUCACAAUACAAGAACGUACCAUUUGACUUUCGUUCCUCUGCACGACAUAUCCUAUUUAGUGGAACAUCUAUAAUUCAAACACGUGGGGAUAUCAACAAACGUGUCUUGGCUGUAGUCAUCCGAACAGGAUUUAUGACUACUAAAGGUGAACUCGUACGGUCUAUUAUGUUCCCUAAGCCUAUGAAAUUCAAAUUUACUCAAGAUGCAUAUCAAUUCUUAGGAGCUCUUUGUGCAGUGGCGCUUGUUGGUCUCGUUGUUUCCGUAUACUUAAUGUACUGGAAUAAGAAAGACCUAUACUACAUAAUUUUGAGGCCAUUGGAUUUGGUGACUAUCGUAAUACCUCCAAUCCUUCCAGUGGCAAUGAGUGUUGGAAUCGUUUUCGCUCAACGUCGACUUCGAAGUCAUGGCAUAUACUGUAUAAAUCCAAGUGUUAUGAACGUGUGUGGUGUCAUUAAUCUCACCUGUUUCGACAAGACUGGGACACUGACGGAAGACGGUUUGGAUCUGUGGGGUGUUGUUCCAAACAAAGAUGGUAUUCUUGGAAAGCCUGAAUUUGAACCGUCGAAAAUUGAAAACACACCUUUGAUUGAGUGUAUGGCUACAUGCCAUUCUUUGACUCGAAUAGAUGGAGUUUUAUCGGGUGACCCACUGGAUAUUAAAAUGUUUCAAUCUACUAAAUGGGAAUUUUUGGAAGUUGUGUCAGAAGAUCAACACAAGUUUGAUCAAGUUGUAUCUGCAAUCGUUCGCCCCAAAGAUACAGAAGGUGAUUUAUUCGAAGAAAUGCCCUAUGAAAUAGGAAUUAUCCGUCAAUUUCCUUUCAGUUCUUCUCUACAACGGAUGUCUGUAAUAACACGAACACUAAAUGAAUCUCAAUUUCAUGUAUAUACCAAGGGCGCUCCAGAAACAAUUGAAGUUUUAUGUCGACGUGAUACAAUUCCUGCAAAUUUCCACUCAAACCUACUGGAAUAUACUCGAGAAGGAUUCCGCGUACUGGCACUGGCUUGGCGUCCGAUUAAAUCAUCUUAUUUGCGAAUCCUACGAUUAUCGCGUGAUAGAGUCGAGAAUAACCUUUUAUUUCUCGGUUUUCUCGUAAUGGAAAACCGUCUUAAGCCUGAAUCUGGCCCAGUAAUCAAAAUUUUACGACAAGCUAAUAUACGUCCAGUUAUGGUGACAGGUGAUCAUAUGCUGACGUCCCUUUCUGUUGCUCGAGACUGUGAGAUGAUUGACGAACUGGAUCGGGUUGUGAUUGUAACCGCUAGACCUCCUCCAGCUUCUUUUCCAUGCAGUGAUUUUCCGUCGGAGGGUUCAACUGAGAAUCAACCAGUAAAUAUAAGAGGAGAUGGCUUACCAUUUACAGCCACUGUUAAUGUAAAUAAAAAUACGACAAAUACAGGAGAUAAUAAUAACUUCCCUGAUGAACUAAUAAACUCCUUAGUGCAAUUUCAUUAUGCAGAAGAUCUCCAUAAACCAGUCACUGAAGUUGCAACUACCAACGUACAAGUGAAACGAGAUUCAACUAAAACUGAUCACAAAUUGACAACAAAACUACCAAUUAUUGGGCGUAUAAAAAGCAAAUUCUCCUUCAACCACUUGAGAAUCCCGAAAGAUGUUAAUGAGUUGUCUGUGACAGACAAGUUUUCGGAAUUAGAUGUCGAGAAAUGUUUAUACGAAAAUGGUCAAAAACAAGUGGAUGGUUUGAGCAAUUCUAGGAAAAAAAGUUCCGCUGAGAAUCGAUAUGCACUAUCGAUUCGCAUGAUUGACAGACCCGAUUUCCAUCUGGCUAUCUCAGGCAAAACAUGGUCUAUUAUUCAAGAACAUUAUCCCUGGCUAAUACCAAAAGUGAGCUUUUUGAAUUUUUGA